GAAAUGAAUGACGGGAUUGGCUGUUCCGCCCUCCUUCCGCGGUCUCCUGGGUGCCACAGAGAGCAAAGCGGAAGAGACGCGGAGAAAAGCGGCGGUUCCCUGCAGAGAGGGAGCUGAAGGUGGCGGUCACAACAAGCAGCGCACCGAGGAGACUGAGAAAGAGAGGGCGGGCAUGGCCACGCCGUCGAAGACAAGUGAACGGGGCGACUAAGGCGGCAUACUGCGGACGGUCGGCCAGUAUGCGAUGGGGAACUGCUGGGCUCGGUGCUGCGGGCUCUUCAAGCGGGAGGCCACCCGGAUUCAGAGAGGCGGCGGAGGAUCCAAAUACUUUAGGACUCACACGGCUGGAGAGCACUUUACAAUAGAGUUUGAAAAUCUUGUAGAGAGUGACGAGGCAGAGUCUCCAGGAAGUAGUAUAAGACCUCUUAGUGAAGAAGAAAUUGGAAACCUGAAAGACAAAAGGUAUGAUGCAAUUGCCGACAGGCAGAAGACUGUGGAUGCUAAACUUCAUGCUGAGUUAGCUGCUGAGGAAGACAAGUUAAGGAUAGAAGAGGAGGCUUAUUACGCUGCUCAGCGCGAAGCAGCAAGGGCAGCCAAACACAAACAGCUCCUGGAGCAAAGGUUCCAUAGAAUGAAACAAAGAGCACAUGCUGGUCCAAGUGGAGAUCACCUGAAAGGCUAUGUACCCGUGGAGGACUUUGAAGCCUAUCUCAGGAAUGCAAAAGCACAGUCUGAAGCCUUUAGGACAAGCAGGGUGUCGUCUGAAACGAACAUCCAGACUCCGAACACUGAAAGCAGCUGUGAUUUCACGAGCAAGACCAGGUCGACUAAUGAGGACAGCACAUCACUGGACCUGGAGUGGGAAGACGAAGAAGGGAUGAACAGAAUGAUUCCCGUGAGGGAGCGCUCCAAGACGGAAGAAGAUAUCCUUCGUGCCGCGCUAAGGCCUGGUAGCAGGCGGACGGCCAGUAAUCCGACCUCCACCUCCGAAGACUCCAAUGGCCUCGAGUGGGAGAGCGACUUUGUCGGGGCACAGAUCGAUGACAAUGGCAACUCUGAAUAUGCCGGCUUUGUCAACCCCGUCCUUGAACUGUCCACCAGUGACUUGCGUAACGCGGACAGUGACCCGCAGGAUAGGUAGUGGAAGACGACGAGCCCCUUGUGUGAAACCAAAGUGUUGAGCUGAUGGAGGAGUUUGGGUGCUGCUUCUGUUGGGUUGGUGUUGGUGGGGUAGGUUGAAUUUUCAUCUCGUCCAUCUCAUUUUGCCUCUACUGUUGAACAUCACAUCGACAGGCGUACAAUGAAGUGCAAUUUGGGAGUUUCUUUUCCUGUUUGCUAAUUUAAUGCAAAUCACAAAAAGAUCCCUUUAAUGUUUGAUUGUAAUAUAUUGCUGCUAAUCUUCAAAAUCAAAAAAGUGAUCAUCUGUAACUGUUGUACUCUCCGGGUUACCUGCUACAGUUACGUUUGAGUCCCCAAAAACACCUCCUGUGCGUAGAAGACGCACUCAAAUGAAAGGCUCGGGCCCAAAGUUUUCUGUCAUACUUGGAGUUUACGGAUCACGUGCCGCAUUUCACUGAAGCAUUUUCAUUUCGUUUUUGCCCGAGAUGGUGGAUUAUUGGAAGAUUUCAGAUAGCUGCUCCUCUGCAAAAUAAACUCAUUGAAUUAACACUUGAAGAACGACGCAUAAGCUGUGAUCGGAAAGUUUAGAAGCUGCGUGGCGUCUUUUAAAAUUGUCAUUUUUAGCCAAUUGGCAGCCAGUAUUGAUGACUUAGAAGGUGCUUGAGGUGAGUUUUUGUUGUGUUUUUUUCUUAUUAUUAUUUUUGUCACCUUCUUUGUCCCUGCAUUGUGACAGUGUUUCUACAUGUUUGGUGCUUCAGUUGAAGAUACGCCCUGGAUUUAGUAAAACGCCUUCUCUUCACACUGACCUCUCGGGUCGAGGACAUAUCAGCCGGCCGGCCGCAGACGUGACUCACUUUUUAAAACUCCUUUCACUUUGUGAUCUUUUUCUAGACGUUUCCAUCGCUCCUUCAUCCGUAGAAGAUGCAUGUUUGUGUGCGCACUACAGAGAAUACGAUUUAUUCACAUUCACUUUGUAGAGGGGCCGUGGUGGGCUCACACACACACACACACAGGUGACACUGUUUUUGGGUUUGCAUUGCUUCCUGUAAAUAUCUUCACAGCUCGAUCGCCGUAGAGGACACUUGUAUUAUUCACGGACAUGCCUUGAUAUCCCAUUUAGAUGAGAAUGUUAGCAACAACGCUUGUGGAGCGGUAGACUCGCUGUUUUAUUGUGUGGCCGGGUUGCGUUUAUGAAGGAGGAAACUUUUAAUCUGAGCGGCCUUUUUUUUGUGUAUCUAAAGGGAUUUUAUUUUUUAAAUAUUUGUCAUGUCAUUUUAUUAUUACAGCUGAAGUCAUAAAAAAAGAGAGAAAAAAGUUUCUUCCCACAAUUCAAUUAUGUGUAAAUUAAGACUACCGGCUCCUUCAUUAAAUAAAAUCUCCAGCUU